AUGGAACAGAGCUCGACUCUCAGCACGCCACCUCUUCACCCGACGAAGCCGCGGACCAAGAUCCAGCCCCCGUCCCAGCUGCGCCCAUUCGAGGGGGCCGGGGGACGCGGGGGUCGUGGAAGUCGCGGUGGUUAUCGGGGCCGAGGCCGAGGCCGGGGUCGAGGACGCGGUAGUCGCGGCGGCGCAAUAGGACCCAUUCGAUCGUCGACCGUUGUACGAGCUCGCGGACGUGGACGCGGUCGUGCGCGUGCAUCUGCCGCAGCGAAGGGCCGCGGCGGCAAACGAAUCGAAGACGAGAUUUGGGAUAGUGAUAGUCGGCGACGUUCGCCUUCGCCAAUCCCCGCGACGAAACCUAUUAAGGAUCGGCAGGAGGAACUGGCGCUCCUCUUUAAGAAAGUGGGACAGGCGCAGCAGGUUGCUCUUAGUGUUCUGGCUGAUCAUUCUAUGGCUAAGAUUGCCAGGGAGAAAAAUGCUCAUAAGGAGUGUCCCGAGUUUGGGCAGGUUCAGCGGGAUUUGGCGGAGUAUGAGCGUAAGGCUUUGACGAGGUUUCGAGAUGAUUAUGAUUUAAAGGUUGAGGCGGAGAAUAAGGUUUAUGCUGGGGAGGUUCAUCUUAUUGAGACGAGGGCGAAUGAACAACUCGAGAAUAUCCAAGAUGAAAUGUUCCAUGCUGCUCGAGGCAAAUAUAUGGAAUUGGUCCUGGGCCGUCGAGCCGCCGAGGACGAUGAACAUACCGAGGUAAGGAAUCCACAAAUAGCUACCCAUCACAUCUAUCUACUCAACACAAUCUCUAACUCAUCACAGACCGACGGAUCUGACCCCGACGCCGAGGAACCACACUACCUCUUCCGAAUUGGAAAAGCCGGCACCCGCGAAGUCGAGCGCGGCUUCUUCGCCGAAGCCGUCCGAGAACCAGACGGCGCAGCCGCCUACGACCGCGGCCGCCGAACAUGGGAUGACUUUGUGCAAAAAGUCCGACUAGGCGAAGACUUGAAUCCGCAAAUGCAAGCCCUCGACUCGAUCACAGACCCAACAGUCCAAGACCACGUCACGCGAACACUGACAAACCUCCUCCAAGCGGCACAAGUCGUCGCAGAAGGAGGAGGCCUCGACGGUGUCGCCGACUGGCCGCCAAAAGCCUUAUCUAUGCUUGCGGACACCGCGCUCUCGGAGCCAAUUCCACCACACCUACCCCGAAUGGAUCCAAACAUGUCACCGGCUAGCCGACAUCUCAUCCCAACAUCUGGUGUCCCGCCUCCUCCAACUCUGGGUCACGGCCACACCCACGGUCCUGGUCCUGGUCAAGGACAAGGGCAGGGUCAAGGUCAAGGUCAUCCCCACGGCCACCCCCAUACCCACACCCACGGACCAACAGAUCCACGCUCCUUCAUCCUCCCCCGUCCAACACCAACACAACAACCGCGCCGUAUCCUCCCCGCACGAGGCCAAUUAGGUCUACCAGAUCCAUUCUCAAUGAAUGGUCCUCCUCAACUCCCCCCCCCCACCAGGCUCGAAUUUCCAGCGUUUACCCCCGCUCCCGAAUUACUUUCCCGGCCCUGGACCUGCGCCGGGAUCAGCUCUGGGACCCGGGGGACCGGGAGGGCCAGGACAGGGACCAGGACCAGGACCAGGACCGGGACAGGGACCGGGGCAGCCUCCAGGACCGGGGAUGUAUUUCCCUUCGCCUCACCAUUCUCCGCAUGGAGCUCCGCCGCCACAGCCACCACGUCGCUACUAGGGACGUGUAGUGGCGUGAGGCGGGCGAGUGAAAAAGAAGGAAAAUAA